AUGUUGACGGAGAUCAUUACGCAGUUGAAGUGCAUCGCUCCCCGAGUCUGCGCAGACGCAGUACAGAAAGCCCUGGCCGGCUCGGACCGGAAGGAGGUCCGUAUUCUUGACGUGGCGGCCGGGACUGGACUGGUCGGGGAAGAGCUGCAGAAGAUGGGUUUCACGAACAUGGACGCUGUGGACGGGAGUCGGGACAUGCUGGACCUUGCCGAGAGGAAGCAGAUCUACCAACGACUCAUCUGUGACUUUGUCGGAGCGAAACCCAUGGACAUCGAAAACGACACGUAUGACGCCAUCGCCUGCUGCAGUGCCUUCGGCCCGGGUCACCUGAAGGAAGACUGUCUACCUGAGCUCAUACGAGUCGUCAAACCAGGCGGGUCUAUCGUGAUCACGUUCCGGGAGGAGUAUCUGCACAUCGUGGAGGACUACAAGGACAAACUGGAGCCCGCCAUGGUCCGUCUGCAGGACUCAGGGCUCUGGGAACGAGUCAGUCGGGACGUCUUUCCCAAGUUCUACGAGGACAAGGACGGCAUUACCUUCGUCUAUAAGGUCCUGUAGCUGACAAUC